UGGUAACAUCGAAGAACGCGAAGACUCAAGGGUCAGAACCCCGCAUUGUAUCAGAAAUUUGCCAGCCUUCCAUUGUUCCUCUGGGCUCGAGUGAAUCUCCAUGUCUUUUCGCGUCGUCAAUUUCUGCGGCAGACUAUCGUGUCGCAGGCAGUUGUUGACAGGAUGGAGAAAUUAUUCGACACACAAGACUAGUUCUGCCGCACGGCCGUCCAUCCUUUCGCAAUCUUUGGACCAAAACUCGUCUAGUCAAGACAAGGGACCGUUUCAACUCGGUCUGGGCCUCGGUCAACCUGCUCGAUCGGCUGAAAAACCUCCUCCGAAGUGGUCAGAGUUGAGCACAGCGGGCAAAGUCUCUGUAGUCAAAAGAACGACUGCUCGCACGACCAACCUUACCGUGAUUGUCGUCGGUGCAGGGUUGUCCGCCGUGCUCAUUUACUGCUUGACUUCGGAGCUCUUUUCCAAAAACUCCCCGUCUGUUUUAUACGACGAUGCCUGCGAAAGAAUCAAGAGCUCUCCGAGGCUCGCGAAACACCUUGACGGAGUUCCACGUUUCCAUGUUGACCCUCCCAUCGCUGGCGUGCGGCCACGACACCGUAAUCGGCACGUCAACUCUGCCAUUCGCGUCGACGCGACGGGACGCGAGCACAUGUUUCUCAACUUUUACCUCCAAGCCGAACCUCAGAAACCGUCUUUCUCCGAAUCGUUGUCUAUAUGGGCUGAAGAUAAAUUGUCCCGUGUUCCGGAAAUGAACGCGGAAGAAAUCCUUUCUGCCGGCCAAGAUUGGGCUGUUCGUGUAUGGGAUCGAUGCAAAGAUGCUUUCAAGUUCCUCAGCGGAACUGAGUCGCCUCUUACGCCUUCGUCCAACAUCUGGACCGUUGAGAACAAGGCCGAGAAAACCGACGAUCAGCCGAGUGGGGGAUUCAUGGGCAUGUUCUCGUCGCUACGACGAUCUCGCGGAGGGGGGACUGAGCCGGUGCUGCAACAGAAGACGGACACGAGGACAUUCAACGAAGGGGAGGUUCAUGUGAAUUUCGUCAAAAACAAUCACGACGAAUUCGUACUUCGAUACAUCAUCGUAGAGCUUCCUAAUUCGCGAUCACGCAAUCCACUCCGGGUGUUUGUCGAACGAACACCAGGUGUAAGGGACAACGAGCCCGUCCUACGAUGGAAUUCCUGAAUGCCCGC